UCAACGGAUGACAUUUUUAUCCACUAUGCUACACUUUUUAAAUUAUCCGUCUAGGAAUGUGUGGGAGGAAAGAAUUGAGGUUAUGGAUUUAGCUUGAAACGAAAAUAAUUUAGCGAAUUUAGACUAUGAAUAGACAUAAAUGUGAAUGAAAAUCCAGACGAAAUGGCACUGCUCGGCGCUCAAUUAGUUAUCACACUGAUUAUGGUAUCAGUGAUACAAAAGUUGGGAAGUUACUCGUUCGCAAGAUGGUUACUAUGUUCACAAAGGCUGUACAGAUAUUUGUAUCCUACAAAUAGUGAAUUGAAGAGUUUGGCAGGAGUUCCGAAAGAAUCUUCGAAGGGUAAGAAAGGAGGUAAACAUGAGUCGAAUGGGAAGCCGGAGACGUUCCAUGUUCCUCGAAGUCUGGAUAUACAGCUGGAGACGGCGCCCGUGACUCCUUUAGAUGUGGUACAUUUGAGGUUUUACACUGAGUAUGUGUGGAUAGUAGACUUCUCACUGUACACAGCCAUAGUGUAUCUUAUGUCAGAGGUGUACACAUCAGUAUUCCCUCUGAAGGAUGAGUUCAACUUGAGUAUGGUGUGGUGUCUCCUUGUGGUGCUGUUCUCAUUUAAAAUCUUACUGAGCUUGACAAAGCAGUAUUUCACAAGUGAUGAGUCCAUCGGUGAGCGUUCCACCUGCAUAGUAGCCUUCUGUGUGUUCCUACUGGUUGCUAUGAUGGUGCUCAUCGUCAGCGAGGCCAACCUUGAAGUGGGAGUAGACCCUGCUUAUGACAGCUUCUAUGAAAAUGCCUCAAAGUUCCUUGAAAACCAAGGCUUGUCCUCUGUGGGUCCAGCAUCAAAAUUAAUAUUGAAAUUCUUCUUUGCUGUGUGGGCAGCUAUUAUUGGGACUUUAUUCACCUUCCCUGGACUGAGAGUCGCCAGGAUGCACUGGGACUCACUUAGAUACUAUGGAGACAAUAAAAUGAAAUCAUUACUGCUCAACUUUAAUUUCGCAAUGCCAUUUGUGCUUGUACUGCUGUGGGUGCGUCCCAUCACCAGGCACUACCUUACUGUCCGAGUGUUCAGCGGGAUGGAGAAACCACUAAUGACAUCAGACGCGUUCGACACGAUGCGUAUAAUUCUAGUGGCGAGCACAAUAGUCAUCCGGCUAGCGUUGAUGCCGCGUCAGCUGCAGGCUUACUUGGACAUGGCACAACGGCGACUGGAUGUGCAGAAGAAAGAAGCUGGCAGGAUCACUAACAUUGACUUGCAGAAGAAAAUCGCAUCAGUAUUCUACUACCUAUGUGUAGUAGCCCUCCAAUACAUUUGUCCCAUCAUAAUGUGUCUGUACAUGGCUCUGAUGUACAAGACCCUUGGUGGGUACACAUGGAGCGGACUCUUCUAUGAGAGCCAAGAAGUCUGUACCAUGGAUGAUAAGACGUCAACAGUAACUGACAGCAUAGUGGAGGGAGAUGGUAUCGAACAGUUCCAGCUUGCUUGGGAGAAUUUGAAAAUGGUAUUCACAGUAGACGUGUAUCGAGGCGUGUUCGGCUUCGCGACGUGGUGGUGCUGCUUCGCGUGGUUCCUCACGACAUCACUCGGCCUCGCCUACCAAACCUAUUUCAGAAUCUCGUGAUAUACAGACUCCAUAGCCCUUAGAGUUCUAGUCACAAGUUGAAUUAUUUUGAGCGAGAAAAUAAUAAAGAUUGGUUGUAAUUUGUAAGAUUGAAUGAUAUUUCCUAUUAAAGAUGUUUAAGUGAACCUUUAAUCUGUAUUGUGAAAAGAUUGCUUAGAUAAAGAUUAUGAUACAAAAUGACUUGAUGUAAAUAUCAUGGUGACAGAGUAAAAAAUACAUCAGUUAUUUAUUUAUAUACAGACUAAUGUGUUAUGUAAUGUUCAAAGAGUAUAACUACUAUAAAAUUGUUAUAUGUUACAAUUGUUUUAUCAAAAUAUGCAGGGCUUUUCAUCAAAAACUCUAGAAAUUGAAUUGUUUUUAGAAAAAUUUAAGUAUGAUAUUGUUUGUAUAACUGAACAUUGGCUGAAAAGUUAUCAAGCAGAAUCUAUUAAUUUUAAAAACUAUUGUGUUGGCAACUUUUUUUGCCGUCAAUCAAUGAUACAUGGUGGUAGCUUGAUCUUAGUGAAAGAGUCAGUGAAAUAUAAAGAAAGACAAGAUAUUACAUUACUAUCAGUAGAGCACACAAUAGAGUUGUCCUGUGUUGAGCUGGAUAGGCAUAUUGUAGUGUGUGUUUAUAGGCCUCCUAUUUUGCAGAAUCUUAGUAUUUUCAAUUCAGUAAUGGAAGAUGUACUACAGAAAACAUGUUCCAGUAGUAAACAUGUUAUAGUAUGUGGCGAUUUUAAUGUUGAUCUCCUGGAAAAGAACAAUAAUUGUACUAAUUUGUUGAGUCUCUUUAAGUCAUUUGAUUUGUCUAAUAUUUUCCUAGAGCCCACCCGAGUAACAUCCACCUCGGCGACAUGUAUAGAUAAUAUUUUUUGCAACUGUGAUUAUUUACAUAAGGACAUUGUAAAUAGAUUACCAUCUGAUCACAGUGGGCUGACAGUCAACUUUAACACUGUCACGACUGUACAAAAUAGGGAAAUUAUGUUCAGACAAUUCACAAAUAAAAAAAUUGAGUUAUUAAAUCACAACUUAAAAAAUGAAUUAGGCAACCAAAUACAUGCUAGUGAAUACCCGAGUGAGAUUUAUGACAACUUAUUAUCCAUUAUUAAAACACAGUAUGAUAAAUUGUUCCCUUUAAAACGUAAACACAUUCAAUGUAAGUUUGUUUUUUGUGACUGGGCUACACCAGGUAUUCGUAUAAGUAGGGAAAAGUUGUUUGAACUUUACGGCAUGAAACCAUUUAAUAGUAGUGAGGCUUUCCACAGUCAUGUCUCCAGGUACUCAAAAAUAUUUAAAUCGGUUUGUAAGCAUGCUAAAGCACUUCAUAUUAGCAGUAAAAUUAAGACCGCGGAAAACAAAAUAAAAACUACCUGGAAUAUAAUUAAUAACGAGACAGGUAGAAAUAAACCACGUAAUGUUGAAUUUAAUUUAAAUACUGAAAACGGACGCAUCAGUACAAAUUUAAAAGUUGCUCAGGAAUUCGAAAGUUUCUUUAAGAAUAUUCCGCUAAAAACUACGGAAGCAUUGAAAUCGUCUCCAUCUCUUUCUAUCGAGCUUCUUAAAAGUAAUGUUAAAGAAUGCACUUCUGAUUUCCGAUUUCAAUACACAAACCCACAAGCAGUCAUCAAAGCAUUCAAAGAUAUUAAAGUUAAGUCGACUGAAGAUCUCUGGGGAAUGUCGGUUAGGAUAUGUAGGUCUUUUAUAGAGACUAUAGCGCCUCAUCUAGCUUUAAUUUUUAACAAAAGUGUAGAUCAAGGAGUUUUUCCAAAUUUAAUGAAACAUAGUAAAGUAGUUCCAUUAUUUAAAUCCGGUGAUAGUGCAGAACCCAAUAACUAUAGGCCGGUCUCUAUUUUACCAGUACUCAGUAAAGUAUUUGAAAAACUGAUACUUACUCAGAUGCUGCGUCACUUUAACAUGAAUUCUAUCUUUCAUGAUCAACAAUACGGGUUUACCAAAGGACGCUCUACUACUGACGCGGGGGUAGCUCUGAUUAAACGGAUUUUCGCCUCGUGGGAAGAAGCUCAGGACGCUAUCGGAAUAUUUUGUGACCUUUCGAAGGCAUUUGACUGUGUUGAGCAUGGGACUUUGUUGCUGAAGCUAGAACACUACGGCAUUCGAGGGGUAUCGCUAAAUCUAUUAAAGUCAUACCUUCAGGAUAGGCAACUUAAAGUUCAAAUAAACAAAGUAAACUCACAUGGGGCUAGCGUAUCUAUGGGUGUACCUCAGGGAUCAAUACUAGGUCCAUUCCUAUUUUUGGCAUAUAUAAAUGACUUGCCCCAUUUAUUCAAAAAUGAACCUCAAAUGGUAUUAUUUGCUGAUGACACAUCACUAGUUUUUAAAAUAAACAGACGAACAAAUAAUUAUGACGACGUAAAUGAUGCUCUAAUGAAGGUUCAGAAUUGGUUUACAGUCAAUAACUUAGUCUUAAACGAUAAAAAGACAAAAUGUAUUAGAUUUGUUUUGCCAAAUGUUAAAAGUAAUAAAUGUGACAUAUUAUUGAAUCGUGAAAAAUUAGAAUUUGUAAAAGAGACUACUUUCCUGGGAAUCACCGUAGACGACAAAUUGCAAUGGGGUCCUCACAUUACAUCUCUAGCGGGACGAUUAAGCUCUGCAGCUUAUGCUGUCUGGAAAAUCCGACAGUUAACCGACAUAGACACGGCAAGACUAGUGUACUUCAGUUACUUCCAUAGCAUCAUGUCGUACGGCAUUUUACUGUGGGGACAGGCUGCUGACAUUGAGUCUAUUUUUAUUUUACAAAAGCGCGCCGUCAGAGCUAUCUACAAUCUUGGUCGUCGCGAAUCUCUCAGGGAAAAGUUUAAGGAGAUCAAUAUUAUGACCGUUCCAUGUCAAUUUAUCUAUGAAAACAUUAUGUAUGUUAGGAAAAAUCUAAACUUGUUUGACAAAGUGUCUGACAGACACAAUUAUGAAACUAGACAUAAGGAUAGAUUGAGCCAGCCAUUCUUUAGAUUGUCAAAAAUAAGUAAGUCGUUCAUGGGAUUCGGUGUUAAAUGUUAUAACAAAAUUCCAGAGGAAAUAAAACACCUAAAUGAAAGACAAUUUAAAUUAUGUAUUAAAAAAACGAUGUGUAGAUUAGCAUACUACAAAUUGAAUGAUUAUAUAGAGGAUAAAAAUGCUUGGAGGCAGGCUGGUCCAGCUCCACAGGGUAACGAAAAAAUAAAGUAAUUCCAAUAAUGUAAUAAUAAAACCAUGUUAUUUCAAUUUGUUCUGUUAAAUUAGAUACAAUCAUUGUAAAUGUGAGAGCCCUGUAAUUAGCUAAAACUGUAUUAGACUAGUAGAAUGCACUUGUGUCAGCUUGGAGUUGUCAUGCUCACUCAAAGGUCUCAUUGGCGGUGGCACGGGCAUUGGAUCGCUCGAUUCCCUGCAACAUGGUUGAGUUGGGCGGUGCUGGUGUACGUGUCAUGUUCGUGAACGGGCGCUGUCAACUGGGACUGGUCAGCUCCAGACUGCAUUAAGAUUAUUGUCCUCAGGGUUAUUUUCUUUUUCUAUCACUUUGACUAAAUAUUAGUUUUACAUUGUUCUCACAUAGUUGAAGCAAUCGAAACAAUGUAACCAUGAAUUGUAUUGUGAAACUGAUUGGAAAAGAGUAACCUAUGGAGUUUCUUGCUCGUUCUUCUCCAUAGGAAUCUACACUUUGGAACGAGCAAAUAGCUUCACUAGAGGACUGACCGACAGACUGACAUUAUUAAUAUUAUUAUAUUUGCUUUGACGUUCAAAAGUGCCUUCCUGGUCUAAUUGAAAUAAAUAAUUUUGACUUUGA